GAAACGCACAGCAGAGCAAACAACAGCAUCUCCACUGACUGAAAGGCUGCUCAUCCGCCUUUUACGCACACGCAGUCCACGAACCCGGGUCUAACCAUGAUUAAAAAAAUGUCGCCCUCCGAGAGCGAUUUUGACAUCCCAGCAAAGAACUGCUACAGGAUGGUGAUUUUGGGAUCCACCAAAGUUGGGAAAACGGCCAUCGUGUCCCGGUUCCUGAACGGGAGGUUCGACGAGCAGUACACGCCGACCAUCGAGGACUUUCACAGGAAACUGUACAGCAUCAAGGGAGACGUUUACCAGCUAGACAUACUGGAUACAUCAGGGAACCACCCUUUCCCCGCCAUGAGGAGACUAUCCAUUCUGACAGGUGACGUGUUUAUCCUCGUCUUCAGCCUUGACAACCGAGACUCCUUCCAGGAGGUGCAGCGGCUCAAGCGGCAGAUCUUCGAGACCAAGUCGUGCCUGAAAAACAAAAUCAAAGAGAACAUCGACGUGCCUCUGGUCAUCUGCGGGAACAAGGGCGACCGAGGGUUUCACCGGGAGGUGCAGCAGGAGGAGAUCGAGCAACUGGUUGCCGGGGACGAGAAGUGCGCGUACUUCGAGAUCUCCGCCAAGCGCAACGAGAACGUGGAUCAGAUGUUUCAGACCCUGUUUACCUUGGCCAAACUACCUCACGAAAUGAGCCCCGACCUUCAUAGGAAAGUCUCCGUGCAGUACUGCGACAUGCUUCACAGGAAGUCGCUGAAAAGCAAGAAGAUGAAGGACAUUGGGGAAGCGUAUGGCAUGGUCACUCCGUGCGCCCGGAGACCCAGCGUGCACAGCGACCUCAUGUACAUUAAGGAGAAGGCCAUAGGAGGCAGCCAGGGCAAAGACAAAGAGAGGUGUGUGAUCAGUUAAUCAGGCUGCGAGACACAAACACAGCACAAAUCUUUGAAAGAAGACGGAACCUGGUGCGUCAGCUUGAGAGGCGACCUGUACUGCCGGCUGCGCUCAAACUGACACGGGAGUGGACACGCCGCGCGCUCUGGCAUAGGCUAUAGCGCCGUUUCCACGGACACUGAAUGGACACGCGAGUCAGCUAAAACUGCCAAAAAAUAAACAUUGCCCAUGCGACAUGUGAGAAUGUUAGCUUGUUCUGUCAAUCCGAGCCCAAUGUGUGACGUGGCUUCAUACCUUGUGAGACUCGCGCAUUGAUGCGUAAAAUGUGUUUUGUUGACGUCAUGCCUUUUACAGAUGUCAGAGGGGAGAGAAAAGACUCUUGGCUCAGGAGGUGCAAUGUUGGAAGGGGGGAAAUGUUGUUUACAUCGUAUCAUAAAUUUUAUAGUACACUUGAAUGUUUUGUUGUAAUCUGAAAUUUUUUUUUAUUGUGAAUGCAUAUUUAUUGUCAAUGUCAAUUUUUGCAAAGAAGUCAAACAAAAUCUUAAAAAUACAAUAAAAACAUAAACUAAAAUGUA